UGGCAGCAGGUUUACUUCCUGUUUGCAGUCUGCUAGAAGGGGUGUGUUGACAGGUCUUUGCUGAAAACCCUUUUCUCCGCCGUGAGCCCUGCUCUUUCCAUCACCUACUUCAUCAGAUACAACCGGAGUGAACCACCGGAUUCCGUACGUUAAGAUAAACUUGUUUAAAUGGACUUUUUCUAAGUUUUCGGAACGUUUCACCGCAGACUCGUCUCUGUUAGCUAAGAAUGCUAAAUAAAGUUAGCAUAGUGUGCUAGCUAGAAAUAUACGGAAACGGAAUGCGACCACAGCGGAGUCGGAGUAACAAUUCGAAGGAUAACAAAUUUUCAUGGACCCACAAUGUCCAGGUAAUCCCGUCUGAAUGGAUGGUGUGCUGCUCCCUCCAAUUUUAAACGUCUGGAUUAGCCCCCGGUGUUCUGCAAAGCUAAUGAGGUUAGCUCGCUAGCUGGAAGUAGGCGGACGCGAAUGUAAUCUUUCACCGCAGCGCACAUAAGAUCGAACAAACCAUUUUAACUUGAUUGUUUUUGAGGAAAAGUUUCUGUAAUUUAUAAUAAUGUCUAAAGUUCAAAUGCUGAGAGCCUUUGUCAACCAGCGACUAACUGCGGCUGCUGAAGAGAUCUUUGAGCUGUUUGAAACAACGAUAGCAGAGUACGAGGAGAAACUUGAGUUCAGUUCAAAAGAGAAUCACCGACAACAGAAACUACUGGACGCUGUUUACAACCCUGAAGUUCGGUCACACAGAGCAGAUGUCCAGCAGCCGUUUGUGGUUAAAGAAGAGGCUUCCCCUGAGCAGCAAGAGUGGAGCUCCAGUCUGGACCAGGAGGACCCAGAGCCCCCACACAUUAAAGAGGAACAGGAGGAACUCUGGAGCAGUCAGGAGGGAGAGCAGCUUCAAGGGCUGGAGGAGGCUGAUGUCAAGUUCACAGUCACUUCUGUCUCUGUGAAGAGUGAAGAAGAAGAUGAGGAGAUACCCCAGUCCUCACAGUUUUAUAACAGACAAACUGAACAGAUGGAAACAGAAGCUGAUGGAGAGGACUGUGGAGGACCAGAACCAGCCAGGAACUCAGAUUCAGACACACAUCUACAACCAGACACCAUUGAGAGGACUUUACACUCUGAACCUGAGACUGAUGACAGUAGAGAUUGGGAGGACACUCAGGAAUCUCAGUCAGAUUCAAACUUGUUGCAAAACAAUGAAGUACCUGUCAGUGAUAUGGACUGUAAUACUGGAAAAACAUCAUUAAGAGAUCAUGCGGGAAAAAAUUGUUUCACCUGCUCAGUUUGUAAAGCAAAUUUCAGUCUCAGUAACAGUUUGGUUAAACACAUGAGAAUCCACACAGAGGAGAAACCAUUUUGUUGUACAGUUUGUAGUAAAAGAUUCGCACAGAGGCAACACCUGAGACGACACUUGACUUUCCACUCAGGGGUGAAACCAUUUAGUUGUUCAGUUUGCAGUAAAAAAUUUACACUAAAACAAAAUAUGAAACGACACUUGGUUGUCCACACAGGGGAGAAACCAUUUAGUUGUUCAAUCUGUAGUAAAGGAUUUGCACUAAAGGGAGAUUUGAGACGACACCUGACUGUCCACACAGGAGAGAAACCAUUUAGUUGCAGCGUUUGCAAUAAAAGAUACACUCGGCCCUGUUUUGUCAAAAGACACAAGUGUGUUGGUGAGAGCAGCAGUAAUAAUUCAAGCUGUGGAGAUGCUUGUUGAAACGUUUUUUUUCCGGCAGGAAUUUAAGUACUGACGGCAAGACUUUGUUAAACACUGAUUAGGAAACAGUCAGAAUUAAGACUGAUACAGACUCCAAAUUAAGUCUAAUCUUUAAUAGAUGAUCUUUGAUUUCAUUAUUUGAUUAGUAUAAUCUUUGAUUAGACUUGUUUUAAGUUGUCUUAAAAAAAAUGUUAAUGUUCCCUCUACAUCACUAUCAUCAACAUUUGUGAUUAACAAAUGAAAUGACUUGACUUAGCUCCCAAUAAUAUAAUGUAUUUAUAAUUUAAUGGACUCUCCUGUUCUUGAAUUGAUCUCUCACCGUGUGUAAACCAUCAACAACAGUUGAUUCUUAAAAUGCUAGUACUGUAUUCAGUGUCAUUUCAUCUGAAUCACAAGUUUUUUAGAUAAACUUAGAUUGGACACAGCUGAUGAUGUAAGAUAACAGCAAUGUCUGUCGUAAUAUUUACAUAUUCCAGAAUUUAGGUGUAUUUUAUGAAUCUACAAGGUAAUAAGAGGUUAUUGUCUACCAGAGGUCCCUGGGGACCUCCGUGCUGCCCUGCCAGCUCUACCAGGAAACAGCAGUGCCCCAAGCUUCAGAGAGCUGGUGGGUGAGCGGACAGGUGUGACAUCUGUGAAGAACACCAGAACAAAAACCCUGAUACAUCACAGACAGAUUGAUAAUAACAUCCAAAAUAAGGUUUCACUGUCAGUGGUUUCUGUGACAUGAGAAAUACUCAAAAUAAGUAUAGUAACCCAACACCUCUGUUUCAAUACGGCACGCAUCAUGUCAAUGCAUGGCACCUUUAAAUAUACUAAUUAUUGCAGUUCAAGCAGUCUUUUGUGAUACCUGUAUCGCACAUGUUGAUACUGCAGUGAAGUUACAUUUUCAACAUACUGCGUAGCCUUAC